AUGAAGACCUACCUUGAGCUGGCGCAAGAGGUCAACGGCUUCCCAGACAAGUUGCACGAGCCGGAAGCUUACGCCGCUUUCACCAAAGACUACUAUGCAUUCCGUCUUGCCAAAUUCCGCUGCAACUUUGGACUACUACCUUCACAUGUCGCUACAGCCUUCAAAUGGCCAGAGUUCUGGUCCGUUGACCACAAUGAGCGCACCUUGACCCUCAACCGGGGAGACAAUGCUGAGGACAGAUCCGCCGCGUUCGCUGAGACCUUGAACCUCAUGAUCCAAAGCUCCGAGGUGAAAGCACUCAAGGCAUUGCGACAUGAGAACCUCCCCAUCUUCGGCCCUGAUGGAGACGUGGCCCUUAACAUCGAUCGGGCUGCCAUUAUCCUCUUUGGAGGCGUCGUCUACGGUGCACAGCUGCUUGCCUACGUACGUACAGAGCUGGGAAUCAGGUAUUGGGUUCCCACGCGAUCUCAGACCAAGAAGUCUUACCCAAACAUGCUUGACGUCACCGUCGCCGGUGCCCUGGAUAGUGGGGAGACUCCGCUAGAGGCACUUGUGAGAGAGGCCGAGGAAGAAGCUGCUCUACCUCAGGACUACGUACGAGCGAAUUUGAAGCCGUACGGUCUUCUGUCCUUUCAUCUACCCACAGACGCCAAUGGAAAACCGGGACAUGGACCACAAGUACAAUACGUCUAUACCAUCGAACUUCCUGCAGACAUUAUUCCUACACCGUCAGAUGGGGAGGUAGAUCAUUUCGAGCUGAUGGCCCUAGAGGAGGUACAGGAUGCUCUUCUUGGAGGGAAGUUCAAGACAAACAUAGCUAUGACCUGGAUCGCCUACCUCAUCACAUUGGGCAAGCUUAAUGCGGAGAACGAGAAAAACCUCUAUGCUAUUACCUGCCAUCUUCAUCGGAAGCUGGAGUUUCCCACGAGAUAA